AGUUCAGUGCUUGACAAAGGUGGAACGGCCGCACCGGACCCCUGGCGGUGCCUCCACAAGCCUCUGUUCAGCUGAUUGGCAGGCGGGGAGGGGGAAGGAAAAGUAGAACAAGAAGAAGAAAGGGAAUAAGGGAAGCUUGCUGGUGUGUGCCAGCUCUCCGGCCAGGCGGGAGAUCUGAGGCAGAGUGGCCCGGCACUUCUGGAGAUGAGGACCGGUACUGGAUGAUCCCGAAUCAGGUCCCGCAGGUGCUGCUAUGGACCACUUCUGGGCCUCCCUGGCAGAGGCCGUGACCCGACUAGCACCCCACACCGACACCGGAGGCUCCUUCAAGGACUUGAAUGUGGUGGCUAUGCUGCAUCGCUUCUGGGAGGAGAAACAAGUGCAGGAUGGUGUGACACAAACAGACAGCCUAGUGGUGUAUGAGUCAGCACCCUUCCCUGGCCCCCCUUACGUCUGCUACGUGACCCUCCCGGGAGGCAGCUGCUUCGGCAAUCUCCAGUGCUGCUACACGAAGGCGGAGGCCAGGAGGGACGCGGCCCGCAUCGCCCUGAUGAACUCCGUCUUCAACGAGUUGCCCUCGCGUCGCAUCACCCCGGAGUUCAUCUCGCGGAGCCUGGAGGAGGCCGUGGCUGGGGCCGGAGGUGAAAUUGGCGAAGCUUCAGAUCCAAGCACUAGUUUAGGGGCCUAUUGCCUAAUGCUGGAGGCUAACAUGGGCAAAACCUUGCUAGAGUUUCAGGAGAUAAUGACCGUAUUUCAGCUGCUGUACUGGAACGGGACCCUGAAGGCUCUCCGAGAGAGGAGAUGUUCCCGCCAGGAGGUGAUUACCCACUUCUCCCAACGGCGCCUGGAUGAGCGUAUGCGCAGUCACAUGGUGCUGGACUGGCUGCUCCGGGAGCAGAAGAACCCUGGGCUGCUCUCUGCCGAGCUGAACCGGGCCCAAAGAGAACUGGGCUCGGCCCGGCGGGCCGGACAGGAGCUGCGUUUUCACAAGGAGAAGACGGAGAUCCUAGGGCUCGCCCUGGAACAGGCCUGCGGAGCUGUGGGACCAUCAGGAAGGGAGCUCCAGUGGACCCACACCGCCCCCGGCCAGGCUGAUGGCCCAGGAGAAGAGCAGAGCAUGGAAAGGGAUCAGUGCGCUGAGGAUUUAAAUAUAUAUGUACAAAGACAGGUGUCAUGUGACUACCCACAGAAGGGGCCAUCCACUUUGUGAACACAGCCAGUUCGUACUUCCUGAACCUUUAAGGCCUGGAAUAAGGUGGACAUGGCAGAAGAAUUUUUCUAAACAAUCUUUGCUUGCUACAGGGCCUCUCCAGCAUGAAAUUACUCUGGUUCAAAUAGAUGGUGCCUCUCUAUGAUGUGAACCUCCAGGUAUAGAUCGGAUCUGUCACACUUGAUCUAUAAACCGAGUCCAGAUUCUGUUGUGCGUCUUGCCAGAAGAUAAUCUCCAUUCUCCUCUGUCUUUCUGGAACAUGCUUCAUCAUUCAGACAGAAAACUGCAGCUGACACAUUCUGAUCAUAUCCACAUGGUUUACCUUCUAUGACAUUCAGCGGAACUCAAGGGAAAAACGACUUUCAUAUAAUGUAGAUGAGCAGAAAGAUGAUUAAAAAAAAUAUUAAGAAUUUAUAUCCUGGGUGUUAACACUUAAGUAAAUGUGAAGGAUUUUUUAAUACAAAUUAGUAAACUAAGGAUUUAAUGUGUAAAUUCGUUUUUCAUUGCAUGUUAAUACACAUAAACAUUUCCUUUUGUAGUUAUUGAUGUCUUAGCUACUUUCAUUUAACAGUAAUGUGGGCAGUUGGUCCUUAUAUUGAUGUUUAUGUCUUAUGUCUUUAUAUUAAUGUCUAACCACAGACUUUAGUUUACUCAGAAACACCUUAACCAGUUUUUUUUUAUAUAUAGUUUACUGAGUUACACAAAUGAUGCAAAUUAAAACAACAGAUCUUUGAAAGCAGAUCUCAGGACUUCCUUAGAAUCAGGACAUGAGAGAAUACUUCACAAAUGGACAUG